AGAUAUCGUUUUGUUGGAUCGAGGUAAGUGGGGAAUGUAAUUGCUUCUGUUGACACCAUUACUACUGCAAUCUUUAUGAAACGUCAAAUUCAUGACGUGAUCUUUGAUAUUACUCAAUUCUCAGGGGAGAAGAGUUGGCCCUUCAUAGUAUUCUUGAGGUCUGAGAUCGGAAGAGAUCAAACGUCUAUGGAGAUGGCAGGAGGUGGAUCUCUAUGUCAUUAAUAAUCAUUACCCAAGGGUGAGGAGUUGGCCGGCUGAGUUUCCUGGCCUUCAUAUUUCUGAAGAGGAGGGCUUUGGACAAUGGAGAUGGCAGGUGGGUCUAUUGGUCCGGCCGGUGUGGCCAAAGAGAGAGCUGAACAUUACCAAGGAAAGGUCACUGUUUAUGUGAUCAUUGCCUGCUCUGUUGCUGCUAUUGGUGGCUCAAUUUUUGGCUAUGAUAUUGGAAUUUCAGGAGGAGUGACAUCGAUGGAUCCAUUUCUUGAAAAGUUCUUCCAUACGGUUUACAUAAAGAAGAAGCAUGCACAUGAAAGUAACUACUGCAAGUACAACAACCAAGGACUUGCAGCAUUUACAUCUUCCUUAUACCUUGCUGGUUUGGUUGCAUCUUUGGUGGCGUCUCCUGUGACAAGGAAGUAUGGACGUCGGGCAAGUAUUAUUUGUGGAGGGAUCAGUUUUCUUGUUGGAGCAACCCUGAACUCAGCCGCCGCUAAUAUGGCAAUGCUUCUUUUGGGUCGAAUCAUGCUUGGUGUUGGCAUUGGAUUUGGAAAUCAGGCGGUUCCACUAUAUUUAUCAGAAAUGGCGCCAACUCAUCUUCGAGGAGGCCUGAACAUGUUGUUUCAGUUGGCAACUACACUUGGGAUCUUUACAGCAAACAUGAUCAAUUACGGAACACAAAAGCUUCAACCUUGGGGAUGGAGGCUCUCCCUGGGCUUGGCUGCUUUUCCAGCUCUAUUGAUGACAGUGGGAGGACUACUACUUCCUGAGACACCUAACAGCUUAAUCGAGCAAGGACUAAAAGAGAAAGGGAGAAAAGUCCUGGAAAAGAUUAGAGGAACCAAAAAUGUCGAUGCAGAGUUUGAAGACAUGGUUGAUGCAAGUGAGCUAGCGAACUCAAUAAAGUAUCCAUUUCGUAACAUCCUUGAAAUAAGGAACAGACCACAAUUGAUUAUGGCAAUCUUCUUGCCAACAUUUCAAAUCCUCACAGGCAUAAAUUCAAUUCUCUUCUAUGCUCCAGUGCUAUUUCAGAGUAUGGGGUUUGGUGGCAAUGCUUCUCUCUACUCCUCAGCUUUGACUGGGGCAGUUCUUGCUUCAUCUACGCUAAUCUCUAUUGCAACAGUGGAUAGAUUGGGUCGAAGGGCUUUACUUAUAAGUGGUGGAAUUCAAAUGAUUGCAUGCCAGGUCAUCGUCGCUAUAAUCUUGGGGCUGAAAUUUGGCAAGGAUCAAGAACUAUCGAAAGGUUUCUCUAUAUUGGUGGUGCUGGUCGUUUGCCUCUUUGUUCUAGCUUUUGGAUGGUCUUGGGGUCCACUUGGCUGGACAGUGCCAAGUGAGAUAUUCCCGUUGGAAAUUCGAUCAGCAGGACAAAGCAUUACAGUAUCUGUGAACCUUCUAUUCACGUUCAUUAUAGCCCAGUCUUUCCUUUCCCUUCUUUGUGCAUUCAAGUUCGGUAUCUUCCUCUUCUUUGCUGGCUGGAUUACCAUCAUGACCAUCUUUGUUUACGUCUUCCUACCCGAAACUAAGGGAGUUCCAAUUGAAGAGAUGAUUUUCCUGUGGAGGAAGCACUGGUUCUGGAAGAGAAUAGUGCGUGAAGUUGCUGGAGGUGUGGAGAGCAAUGAGAGGCAAGGAAUUCAUGGAACUAGGUGAAACAACCACUGUGAAGUUACACAGCCCGUAAGCUGCAUAUGUAUUAUCUCAUUGCAGAGUAAGACAAAGGUACCAAUACCAUUCAAAAGGUUCUGUACACAAAAAAAAUACCCAAAAUAUUGAUCAUGA